AUGGAAGAAGACGCUCCUCAUGGCCAUAAAAGGAGUAGAGAUCGGGAUCAGGAUGACGAGAGCGGCGGCGGUGAAGAGACUGCCAAGUCAGAGGGAAGCGGCGGAGAGAAACAGGAGCGGGGCGCCAGUGACCAGAGCCCUAACCAGAUGGAGCACGAUGAUGACGAUGCUUCACCUGACGAUUUCCAGGAAACCCGUCCUCAGCCCAAGCGUAGUCGCACCCUUCCUCCUCAGCAGAAUCUGAUAGAGAUUGUCAAAGGGAAUGGGGAUCUGAUUUCUAAAGCCGUCAAGAUUUGGGUCGAAAGAUAUGAAGACUCUCCCAGACUUGCAACCGCUGAACUCUUGUCAAUGCUCUUCGAGGCUUGCGGUGCUAAAUACUCCAUCAAGGAGGAGCUGCUUGAUGAGACUGAUGUGGAUGAUGUUGUCGUCGCCCUUGUUAAUCUUGCUAGAGCGGGAGAAAUUGAAGAUUAUCAGAGCUCGAAAAAGAAGGAACUCAAGAACUUCAAAGAAAAUCUUGUCUCAUUCUGGAAUAGUUUAAUCACCGAGUGCCAGAAUGGACCACUCUUUGAUAAACUCUUGUUUGACAAGUGCAUGGACUACAUUAUCGCACUCUCAUGUACUCCACCAAGAGUUUACCGCCAAACUGCCACGCUAAUGGGCCUCCAACUGGUUACAUCUUUCAUUUCUGUAGCAAACACACUCGGUUCACAGCGGGAAACCACCCAAAGGCAAUUGAAUGCUGAAAGCAAGAAACAAGCUGACGGACCUCGUGUGGGGUCCCUCAACAAAAGGUUGUCUGUUACUCAUGAACAGAUAACCACAUUAGAGGACAUGAUGCGCAAAAUCUUCACUGGGUUGUUUGUACACCGUUAUCGAGAUAUUGAUCCCGAUAUUAGGAUGUCAUGCAUUCAGUCUCUGGGCGUUUGGAUUUUGUCUUAUCCUUCUCUUUUCUUACAAGACCUGUAUUUGAAAUAUCUUGGAUGGACGCUUAAUGACAAGGCUGCUGGAGUGAGGAAAGCUUCUCUCUUGGCAUUGCGUAAACUUUAUGAGAUGGAUGAAAACGUCCCUACUCUUGGUCUAUUCACUGAGAGAUUUUCUAAUCGAAUGAUUGAGAUGGCUGAUGAUGUUGAUAUGUCUGCAGCUGUAUGUGCUAUAGGGCUUGUUAAGCAGCUGCUAAGACACCAGCUGAUACCUGAUGAUGACCUAGGCCCUUUGUACGAUUUGCUUAUUGAUCAACCUCAAGAAAUCAGACGUGCGAUAGGAGAGUUAGUGUAUGACCACUUGAUCGCACAAAAGUUUAACAGUUCUCCAUCUGGUCUUACAGGUCAAGAUGAUUCUUCCUCUGAGAUACAUAUCUUCAGAAUGUUACAAAUAUUACGGGAGUUCUCCACUGAUCCGAUUUUAAGCAUUUAUGUAAUUGAUGAUGUUUGGGAGUACAUGAAGGCCAUGAAGGACUGGAAGUGUAUCACCUCUAUGCUUUUGGAUCAGAAUCCUAGGACUGGGUCUACUACUGACCAGGACUUAACAAACUUGAUCAGACUUCUGUUUGCGUCAGUCAGAAAGGCUGUUGGGGAGAAGAUAAUCCCUUCAACGGAUAAUCGAAAGCAGUAUCACAGUAAAGCUCAGCGAGAAAUGUUUGAAAACAACAGGAAAGACAUAACGGUUGGUAUGAUGAAGAACUAUCCACAGCUUCUACGUAAAUUCAUGGCUGACAAAGCGAAAGUGUCAUCUUUGGUCGAGAUUAUUAUGUUUAUGAAACUUGAGCUCUAUUCUCUUAAAAGACAGGAGCAGAGUUUUAAGGCUAUCGUCCGACUCAUUAAGGAUGCCUUUUUCAAACACGGAGAGAAGGAAGCACUGAGAUCUUGCGUUAAGGCCAUAACAUUUUGUGCGUCUGAAAGUAAAGGGGAGCUUCAAGAUUUUUCCCGUGGGAAGCUUAAAGAUCUUGAAGAUGAGCUUUUAGAUAAACUUACUUCUGCAAUCAAAGAAGUCAAGGAUGGAAAUGACGAAUACUCCCUCCUUGUAAAUCUGAAAAGGUUGUAUGAGCUUCAAUUGUUAAAGCCUGUGCUUGUUGAGAGCAUGUUCGAUGAGAUUGCUUUGACGCUCCAUAAUUUCAGAAAUUUGGACGAAGAGGUUAUCUGUUCCCUGCUUCUGAAUAUGCAUAUGUAUGUGGUGUGGUCUCUGCACUCCAUCAUAAAUUGUGAAGCUGUCUCCGAAGCUUCCUUAGCUUCCCUUAUAUCAAAACGCGAUAUCCUGUUUAAGGAGCUUUCAUACUUCCUUAACGGAGUUGAGGAAUCAAGGAAAUAUGGUAAUCCGCUAGCUCUCAGGAUAUGUGCUAUACUCGCGGAGGAGUGGUGUCUUUUUAGAAAGUCAAGUUUUGACUCAAGUAAACUUGAAGUGUUAGGAUAUUGUCCCGACAGUGUUCUACUCAAGAAAUUCUGGAAAUUCUGUGAAGAAAUUUUUAACACCUCAGAUGAGACGGAUGAGGAGGAUGAAAAUAAGGAGUAUGUCGAAGAAACAAGCAGAGAUGUUGCAGCCAUUGCUGCCUGCAAAUUGGUCAUGAGUGAUGUAGCGCCGAAGGACUAUCUAGGACCGGAGAUAAUAUCUCAUCUUGUAAUGCAUGGACAUAGUGUUACAGAAAUCAUAAAGAAUCUUAUAACAUGCUUAAGGAAAAAAGAAGAUAACAUCUCUAAUAUCCAUCUGGAGUCCUUGAAAAAGGCCUAUCAACGGUAUGCAAGUGAAGUUUCUUGUGACGGAGGAGAAUCCAAAGUAGAAAAAUGUCUUGAAGUGUGCCGUGAGCUUGCCGGUCGGCUCUCAGGAAUGUAUAUCGGUGCUGCUCGCAACAAAUACAGAUUGGAGAUUUUGAGUGUAGUAAAGGAAGGUGUUGAGUUUGCUUUUAGGGACGCACCAAAGCAACUGUUGUUUCUGGAAGUUGCUGUCCUUCCAUUCGCGACCAGACUCCCAGCGCCGGACAUCAUGGACAUUAAGAGGGAGGUCCAGGGGCGUAUAGUGCAUGUCAAUACAGAUGAAGAUCCGAGUGGAUGGCGUCCUUGCUUCACCUUCUUAGAAACCUUGGAGGAGAAAUGCCUGAAAACCGAGGAUUUACAAGACGACAAGGAAGGAGCAGCUGCAAAACGCAGGGGGCGGCCAAAAAAGCGUCCGGAAACAGAGCGAAAGAGACUGUUCGAUGAGCAAAGCGGAAGCGAGGAGGAUGAAUCCAUCAGUGGCGGCUCCGAGAAAGAAGAAGUAGACGAGGACGCUCCUCUUAUUGAGACUAUCAGAUCGGCUGCAAGACGCAGAGCUCUAAGGGGCCAACGUUCCAAGGGUCAUUGA